AAAUUGCAUGUGCACUUCCUACUCUUCAGGAUGUCAUCAUCAGCCAAAGAAAUGCUUAAGAAGGGUUCUACCCAACUCACCCACAUAUGCGAAUUGAAUGUGAAGAAACCAUCCACUCAUCGACGCCUCGUUUCUGUGAUAGCGACUAUUUCACAUGCCUCACGUAACCCGGAAACCAUUUACGAUAUGUUAUCGAGGGGUGUCAACAUCAUCAGAUUGAAUUUCGCCCACGAAUCGCAUGUGGCACAUACUCAAACUAUUGAGCUGGUGCACAAUGCUAUUGAACGUAUCAAAAGUGAGACAGGUCAAACAAUAGCGGUUGCAUUUGCAGUGGACACACGGGGGCCUCAGAUUCGCACCGGAUUACUGGAUGGUGGCAAUGAUAUAUUACUACGAAAUGGAGAAAAUAUACGAUUAUCCAUUAAUCGAGAUCUUUACGACAAGGGAAGCAAGGAGGCCGUCUAUGUGGACUACCCGAACAUUAUAAAUGUGGCAAAGCCAGAGGAUCGAGUUUUCAUUGACGAUGGCAAACUAUUUCUAACCAUUCUUGAGGUGGGCGUCGAUGGACUGCUCUGCGAGGUUCAUCUAGGUGGACUGCUGGGCAAUAAUUGCAAUGUUAUAUUGCCGGAAGUGGAAAUUGAUUUGCCGGCUGUGUCUGAGAAAGAUAUGGAUGACUUACAGUUCAGUGUGCGAGCCAAUGUGGAUAUUGUGUUGGCUUCGGGUCUGCGUUGCGCUAAAAAUAUUAGGGACAUACGCUCGGUGCUUGGGGUCAAGGGCAAGCACAUCAAGAUCAUAGCCAAGAUCGACAGCAAGAUUGUACUGGGUCGUAUGUCGGAAAUAAUAAGCGCAUCGGAUGGCAUCCUUCUCAGUCGUGCCGAUCUCGGCACACAAAUACCAAUCGAGAAACUUUUCAUAACACAAAAGACGGUUUUGGGGCGAUGUAAUAAGGCGGGCAAGCCAGUAAUUGUUGCCUCAAACGUACUGGAGUCGAUGCGUUACAAUCCAUUUCCCACACGUGCCGAGUGCUUUGAUCUGGCCAAUGCAGUGAUUGAUGGGGCUGAUUGCAUAAUGCUCUCCUCUGAGGUAGCAAUUGGCUUGUAUCCCAUAGAGACUAUAAAGAUUUGUGAUACGCUGUGUCGUGAGGCCGAGAAGGUCGUCUGGUAUCGGAAUCUUUUCGAGGAUUUGGUACAUGAAACGACCGCAGAGCUGGAUGCGUCCCAUUCAACAGCGAUUACGGCCGUAGAAACAGCGAGGCGUACGCAAGCAACUCUCAUAAUUGUGCUUACAUCAUCGGGUCGGUCGGCAGCACUACUUAGCAAAUUUCGACCACGGUGUCCAGUUAUGGCAGUCACCCGCUGCGAGAGGGCAGCUCGCUGGGUUAACUUGCAUCGUGGCAUAAUACCACUGCUCUACUCGAUGGAAUGUGGCGAAACCUAUGCCAGUGAUGUUGAUGAUCGGGUGCGGUUUGCAUUGACUAGCGCCAGGAAGAGUGAUUUAAUCAAUGAUGGCGAUCCCAUUGUGAUCGUAAGCGCGUGGAAAGAUGGCGGAGGCUUCACCAACAAUGUCCGUGUUGUCUAUUCAUUUUUUGAAACAGACCGCUUGGAUUGCUUAUUCCGUGCUGACCACACUAGCUCUCGUAAGAACACCAAUCUGCAAUCAAAACAAGGUUAGCCGGACUAAGGGAUGAACUAUCUUAGUUCACUCUGAGAAGAAAACAUUUUGCCACCUGUAUACAUCAUUUAUAGUGUCAAGACCAACACCACCAUCUUAGUUGUUCCCAUUUGAACUAGUCAAACCAAAAGUGCCAAUGAAAUUUUAUAUUUUUGAUUUAUUAGUAGCUGUGUUUGAUUUGCAAGUUUUCGGCAGGUAUUCUAUUUCUGUGUAUUGUAAUAAAUGUGCUGAAAUA